UUGCUUUAGUAGUAAUUACUGUAAUAAUUGGUACUGUUUUCCUGCCGGGAAAGAAAGAUAAUAAACCGAAUCAAGUAACUAAUUUAGGAGAACAGCAACGGCAGCAAGUCCGAGAAGCGGCUUCCCAAUUAGUCGGGAGUAUUCUGGAUAAUCAAAAUAAUUUCAACCAAUUAACCACUAAUCCGGAUGGGUCAAGACGAGACAUUGAUGAGAUAGAGGAAGUUUUUUUAUUAGGCAGCCUCAACCGAUCGCCCCACUCUCCUACUACUCCAGCACCAAAUCAAAUUACUAGUUCUCUUUCUUUUGAAGUCAUCGAGCAAACUUGGUAUGAAUUAAGAGUUUUUAUAUUGGCUGGCUUACAAAAUCCAAACCAAUCUCUUAUAGAUAACGCUCGAUUAAGAAUUAAGAAUGAUAUCGAAAAUGAACUAUUAGAUGAAUAUUUAAAGGUAAUUCAAGAAUUAAAAACGAUUAAAGAAUUAUUUGAAAAAUAUACCCAAAUUAGGACUGAUUUAGUAAUUAACAAAGUAAGCCGUAAAGACGAAUUAAUUUUCAAAGGUUAUUCCGAAAAAGACGUUGAAAAAUUAACAGAAUGGGGAUUAUUAGAACAAGAUUUUUCUAACUUGUUUGACGAAAAAAGAAUCGGAGUCACUAAUACCCUUUCGGUUUAUUUUCCCGAAAACAUAAUAGAAGAACAACGAAAUUCGGUUCGGCAAUUAAUUGAAUUAUUAUUAGAUAAGUCCGAAAAAUUAGGAAAAGAAGUCUACAAAAAUGAUAUCUACAUUUUAAGAGUAGGUAGCCGUGAUAGAGAGGGGACAAUCAGCGGACCAUCUUCCGGCAUAGCCCAUUAUUUAGCACUUUAUAGUGCUUUAAACAAUCUACUGGCACAAUUGAGGGUAAUAAAAUUAAAUAAAGAAGGCAAAGAAGUUUGUCAUAAAUAUCCAGAAAUAGAUAGUUAUGAGGAUAUAAAAUCUCCUCUUUUACAAAAAAAAGUUAAGCAGGUUCAUUUCAUUAGUCAAGUUGACCAAAUUGGAGUUGCUUUACAAGAAAUAUUAAAAGAACCAGAGAAAAAAAUUACUCAUAGUUGUGGAAAAGACGAAAUCCCAGAAAAGAAACCUGAAAAACCUGAACCUCGCGAACCACCCCAAAAGCCAGAGAAACCAAACUCUGAAAUUACCUCUGAGCAACUUUUGAGUUUGGCAACAGAAUUAAGCAUCAGAGAAAAAGGAGACAGCCGAGAUUUUUGGGAAAAAUUAAGUUCUUCUAUUCAAAAAAAUCCUAAUUAUCAAAAAACAUUUCAAGAGACUUUAAAUCUCCGCAAAGAAUACUUAGAUAAAUUAGAAAAGUUACAAUCUAAUCCUAACCAGAGAAAUUCGAACCAAGGUAAAAAAACUAGGAAGUUUGUUCGUGCUUCUGAUGGAAAAAUCCUUGUAAAGGAGGAAGAAGUUAGAGAAAAUGACAAAAUGACUUGCGAAGUUUGCCAUCAACAAUUUGAAGAUGUAAAAGAUGAGAAAAUAGAAGCCAAAGACCCAAUUGACCCUAAACCAGAAGAAAUAGAAAAGAAAACGAAAGAAUUAUACCAAGAAUACGAAAAUAAAUUUAAAAAAAUUGCUUCCGCAGUCGCCAAUUUGAACAUGGAAAUAUUAACUAACUUAUCAAAUCUAGGCUGCGUUAUCCAAAAAAUUAACUGA